AUUCUUAUCUAUGUGGUGAAAAAGUAGACAAACCACAUUACAAGUCGAUGAAUAAAAUGUUAAUUAUAAGUCAAUAGAGGAUAAUCAUCGCUAGAGAGAAUUUAAGAAAGAUUUUUCUUGAAAAGUAAAGACAGAGCACCAUUGUUGUUUGUGUUUCAGAACCAAACCCCCAAAAAGAAAAAGAAAAGAAAACAAGAACCUCCGUAGACGACGAGGAUGCCCACGUGCCUGCACUUCACUGUCUGGUUACUUUUGUGUAUAUUCGGUUCGAUUCACUUGGUUCGAUCUCAAAACCGAACCGGAGCAACUACUGACCGCGACGAAGCCUUAGCUUUGAACUCCAUAUUCACGGCUUGGAAGAUCCAGGCGCCGAGGAGUAACUGGAACAUCAGUGGCGAACUCUGCUCCGGCACUGCCAUCACCGAGAACAUUACCAUCGACGACAAAGCCUACAACCCUCUAAUCAAAUGCGACUGCACGUUCAGCGACUCCACAAUCUGCCGCAUCACCGCCCUCAAGGUUUAUGCGAUGGAUGUUCGAGGACCUAUACCUCCACAACUCUGGACUUUGAUAUACCUCACUAAUCUGAACCUGGCUCAAAAUUUUCUUACGGGCUCCCUUUCCCCUGCAAUUGGAAAUCUGACUAGAAUGGAAUGGCUGACUUUUGGGAUCAAUGCCUUGUCUGGCCCCGUUCCCAAGGAAAUUGGUCUUCUUACAAAAUUGAAAUCUAUUGGUAUUAGUUCAAAUAAAUUUUCUGGCUCUAUACCAGCUGAGAUUGGGAAUUGCACAAAACUACAGCAGAUAUACAUGGAUAGUUCCGAUUUCACCGGUGGAAUACCUUCAUCAUUUGCUAAUCUUGUGGAGCUGCAAACAGCUUGGAUGAUGGAUCUGGGACUUACAGGUCGUAUACCAGACUUUAUAGGAAAAUGGACCAAACUUACCGGCUUGAGAAUUUUCGGAACUGGUUUAAGUGGUCCGAUACCUUCGUCAUUUUCCAACUUAACUUCUUUGACAGAACUGAGGCUUGGUGAUAUAUCAAACGGUAGCUCUUCUCUUGAGUUCAUCAAAAACAUGAAAUCUCUAAGUACAUUAGUAUUGAGGAACAGCAAUCUCACUGGGACAAUACCUUCUUAUAUUGGAGAAUUCUCAGGUCUCCAACAAGUUGAUUUAAGCUUCAACAAACUACAUGGACCAAUUCCGGCUUCAUUGUUCAACCUAAGUCGACUUACUACCUUGUUUCUAGGGAAUAACACGCUGAAUGGUUCCUUGCCCACUCAAAAGAGCCAGACUUUGAGCAAUAUAGAUGUGUCGUACAAUGAUUUGUCUGGGAGUCUUCCUUUAUGGGUCAACUUACCGAACUUGCAACUAAAUCUUGUUGCCAACAACUUCACCUUAGCUGCAGGUCUUGACAGCAGUGUUUUAUCAGGACUGAACUGUCUGCAGAAGAACUUCCCCUGCAAUCGAGGCAAGGGAUUAUAUUCUGACUUUGCUAUCAACUGCGGAGGCCAACAAAUACGGUCAGCUAGCGGAGCAGUAUUUGAGAGGGAGGACGGGGCUCUUGGACCAGCUUCAUUCGUCGUGAGUAAUGCACGGAGAUGGGCAGCCAGUAGUGUAGGACUUUUUGGGGGUAGCAGUAAUAUAUACAUAGUGACUUUACUAUCACAAUAUGUCAACACUUUGGACUCAGAGCUUUUUCAAUCAGCAAGACUUUCUGCAUCUUCCCUAAGGUAUUAUGGGUUGGGCCUGGAAAAUGGAGGCUAUACAGUAACACUUCAGUUUGCUGAAAUUCAAAUAAUUGAUUCAUCUUCUUCAAACACUUGGAGAGGUUUAGGUAGAAGACGUUUUGACAUUUAUGUCCAGGGAAGACUUGUUGAAACAGAUUUCGAUAUACGCAGAACAGCUAAUGACUCAACCUUCCGAGCAGUUGAGAGAGAAUAUAAAGUUAAUGUAUCAGAAAAUUACAUGGAAAUUCAUCUUUUCUGGGCUGGAAAAGGAACAUGUUGUAUUCCCAUUCAAGGUGCUUAUGGGCCCUUAAUCUCCGCCGUCAGUGCAAAACCAGAUUUUAUACCAACUGUGGCUAACAAACCACCAUCAAAGGGAAAUAACAGGACUGGUACCAUUAUGGGUGUCAUUGUUGGCCUAGGACUUUUGACCAUCAUUACGGGAGUGGUUAUCUUAAUCAUCCGAAAAAGAAGAAACCGAUACACAGAUGAUGAAGAGAUACUGAACAUGGACGUGAAGCCUUACACUUUUUCUUACUCUGAACUUAAAAGUGCCACUCAAGAUUUCAAUCCCUCAAACAAGCUUGGAGAGGGAGGAUUUGGGCCUGUUUAUAAAGGAAACCUGAAUGAUGGACGAGAGGUGGCGGUGAAGCAGUUGUCGGUUGGAUCCAGACAAGGAAAGGGACACUUUGUUGCAGAAAUUGUAGCAAUUUCUACAGUUAUGCACCGCAACCUAGUUAAACUUUACGGAUGUUGCUAUGAAGGAGAUCAUCGUUUGCUCGUAUAUGAAAAAUAUCUUUCAAUCUCUCUCUCAUCUCAUUCUCGACGCCUCUCAGGCUCUCACCCUCUCUCCGAUCUCACCCUCUCUCCGAUCUUCUCGUGCGUUUCAUCAUCUCACACUCUCCGAUCUCCGACGCUCGUGGGUUUAUCUCAGCCUCUCUCUCCGAUCUCGACGCUCGUGGGUUUCGUCUCAGCCUAUCUCUCGGAUCUCGCCUCAGCUUCUUCUUCGUUCUCGACGCCUCAGCUCGGCGGUUUCAUCUCAGCCUCUCUCUCCGAUCUCGACGUUCGUGGGUUUCAUCUCAGCCUCUCUCCGGUCUCGUCGGCGGUUUCAUCUCAGCCUCUCUUCGAUCUCGACGCUCGGUGGUCUCAUCUCAACCUCUCCCUCCUCGACGCUCGUGGGUUUCAUCUCAGCCUCUCUCUCCAAUCUCAGAAACUUGUGAUUGAUAACUUAUACAGAGAAGCUUAUACAGUGACUGUUUCAAAACCCAUUUUGUUCUCUUAG